AAUAGAUUUCAGUCGAUUAUAUCUAACGCUUUUCAUAUAUCUAUAACUAGUUUAACUGCUACCGUUGUUGACAAGAACAAUUAGUAUUACCGUGCGGUUUACACAAUGACAGAGAGUAGCGACGGAAUUGCUUCCAGUCCGGAAUCCUAUCUUGAAAGAUUUCAAGUCCUGUUAUAUUUAGAAGAUAGCAUCUCUCAGCUUCUAGAAUACAAAGAUGAUAACCCAAAAGUGAAUGUAAUUAAAUUUAUGAAUGAAUAUUUCCAGAGCGUAAAGAAUGGUACUCAUGUCAUGUUCCGAGAAUUUGAAUUCAUUAAUGCUACACUACACAACAGAAAAUCUUUCAUUAAAUUGUUCUGGAAAUGUUUUCAACAAGUUGGGAAGAAAGGAGAUUUACUUACCAUACAAGAAUACCAUUCAUUGAUUUGUCUGCUGUGUUCUGACUUUCCUUUCGAAUUAGUACAGAAAACUGCUCGGAGGUCGAAAGUGCUUCAUCAACCACAUUAUAUGCAAUCUAGAUGUAAGCAGCACAGCAAUACACCAUGUCCAAUGCCACCACUUUGACUGCAUCUGAUGGACAUAAUAAGA